UCGCCCCAAAAAUGUGGAUGAAGUUGCCUUCCAGGAUGAAGUUGUUGCUGUGCUGAAAAAGUCCUUGGAAGGUGCUGAUCUUCCCAAUCUGUUGUUCUAUGGGCCACCUGGAACUGGAAAGACUUCCACUAUUUUAGCAGCUGCUAGAGAACUCUAUGGUCCUGAAUUAUUCCGGCAGAGAGUCCUUGAGUUAAAUGCCUCUGAUGAGCGUGGAAUACAAGUGAUUCGGGAAAAAGUGAAGGCUUUUGCUCAGCUGACUGCAUCUGGAAGUCGUUCAGAUGGUAAAGUUUGUCCUCCUUUUAAAAUUGUAAUCCUGGAUGAAGCAGACUCAAUGACUUCAGCAGCCCAGGCAGCCUUAAGACGCACAAUGGAAAAAGAAUCUAAAACAACACGUUUCUGCCUUAUUUGUAACUACAUCAGCAGGAUAAUCGAACCUUUAACAUCUCGAUGCUCCAAAUUCCGCUUCAAGCCUUUGUCAGACAAAAUCCAACAGCAGAGGCUAUUGGAUGUUUGUGAAAAGGAGCAUGUGAAAAUCAGUAGUGAGGCAGUAUCUUACCUUGUUAAAGUGUCAGAAGGGGAUUUGAGAAAAGCAAUUACUUUUCUUCAAAGUGCCACUCGCCUAAUGGGUGGGAAAGAGAUCACAGAGAAGAUAGUCACUGAAAUUGCUGGG